UUUUACUCCUUCUAACUGCCGGUUGUUUCUCACUACAUUGACACACACGCUCUGCUUAGGACCCACACAGAUCGGUUUCGCGACAUAAUGGUGUGUCGUUUCCAGGCCGUCCACUUUAGUUGAUUUACGAGUCUGGUACCGAUCGGUUUGCGCAGUAGAUCUUCGACGUUCGUUCUGACUGUGCACGUUUUUUUGGUCCCACAUUUCUGUUCUGAUAUUCAAAACCGGUUAGUGGAAGGAACUUUUCAAAAUGAUGCAAAAUCUGCUAAAGACCACCCUGCGCACUGCUGCCCUGUGCCGUAAGAAUCUGGUCCAACCGGCGGCCAAGUUCUCGUCCUCGUCGUUUGGAACAACCCAAGGUCCGACCGGCCCUUUGACUUACCUAACCGAAGAUGAGCAGAUGAUGAAGGAAACUGUUGCCAAGCUGGCACAGGAGCAGAUCGCCCCACUCGUUAGGAAAAUGGACGAUGAUCAUCAAUUUGACUCCAGCGUAGUGCGGGCCAUGUUCGACAACGGCCUGAUGGGUGUGGAGGUUGGAGAUGAAUACGGUGGCAGUGGAUGCAACUUCAUGACCAUGAUGCUGGUCGUCGAGGAACUGUCGAAGGUGGAUCCGGCCGUAGCUGCCUUCGUCGAUAUCCACAACACCUUGGUCAACUCGUUGAUGAUCAAGCUCGGAACUGAGGAACAGAAGAAGAAGUAUCUGCCUAAGCUGUGCUCCGAAUACAGUGGAAGUUUCGCCCUAUCCGAACCAUCCGCCGGAUCGGAUGCCUUCUCGCUGAAGACCACCGCCAAGAAGGACGGAAACCACUACAUCCUAAACGGAAGCAAAAUGUGGAUCUCCAACUCGGAUUUGUCCGGCAUGUUCCUGAUCAUGGCCAACGCCAACCCCUCGGCUGGAUACCGUGGAAUCACUACGUUUAUCGUGGAACGCGAAAUGGAAGGAUUCACCGUGGGUAAGCGGGAGAACAAGCUGGGUAUCUGCGCUUCCGGUACCUGCCAGCUGCACUUGGAUAAUGUCCGUGUCCCAGAGGAGAACAUUCUCGGUGAAUUCGGCAAGGGUUACCAAUAUGCUGCCGGUUUCCUGAACGAAGGUCGCAUCGGUAUCGGUGCUCAGAUGAUCGGUCUGGCCCAGGGAUGCAUGGACGCUACCAUCCCAUAUCUGCUGGAGCGAAAGCAGUUCGGAGCAGAUAUCUACUCGUUCCAGAGCAUGCAGCACCAGAUUGCCACCAUCGCCACCGAAAUCGAGGCCGCCCGUCUCCUUGUCUACAAUGCUGCCCGUCUGCAGGAAGCCAAGGUUCCUUUCCUGAAACAGGCCGCCAUGGCUAAGCUGUACGCAUCGGAAGUGGCCCAGCGUGCCACCGUCAAGUGCAUCGACUGGAUGGGCGGCGUUGGCUUCACCAAGGACUUCCCACAGGAGAAGUUCUACCGCGACUGCAAGAUUGGUGCCAUCUACGAAGGAACGAGCAACAUGCAACUCAGCACCAUUGCCAAGGUCAUGAAGAAGGAGUACCAGUCCUAAGACUGUGCAGAAAAUGAUGCAUUUCAAACGCCGUCUUCCAGAGAGUUACGCAACGCACGGUACCAUAUAAAAAUCGUGUGUUUCAUAACUCAGCCUCCUUUCCUCGGCAAACACUCACACACAUACAAAACCGCAAAAAACAGUUUGCUGAUAGGAUGGAUGGCAACUGAUAAAAUAUCCAUACAUACAUUAAGAAGCAGAAACAUAGUACGCAUGCUAAUUCUAUUUUCCUCCCUACGAGUUCAACGUAUACGUGUCCAAGCGAGAACUUGAAUAUCCAAGUAUAAAAAUUGCAAAGAACAAGUGCAAAAUAGCAAACGUUGCAUUUAUUUUCUACUACGCAGAUUAUUAUUUAGAUGUGUAAUUAUAACUCUCUUUUGAAAUUGUGUCUAGUGAUAACGACACACAAAAAAGUCGACCCGAAGGUAUCGGACGAUACCGAAAGAAAAAGAAACAUAUAGGUGUAAAACGAUCUUGAUAAAUGUGAAAUAAAUUUACCGUACUGAUUGAAAGUGUGAAA